GUUCUGCCUUUUCCAAUGUCAUUUAUCGGAACCGAAUUGUGGUACGGAACCAAAUAAACACAGCUGCGAUUCCGGUUCGAGGUGGACUAAAGUCAAGGUGUCAUCCGGUCUUCUCACCAUCUCUUCACCUUCUUCAGAUCUUCUCACAUCGCUCACUCUCGUUGCCUACUUUCCGCGCAGACGGCCGCCUUUUCCCGUCUACUUGGCUUUUCUGCGCUUGUCAUCGGACCAAGUAGACUGCUUGCUUCUUCGGCUCAACCCGGUUGUCAAAAAUAGAGCACUUCAAACCUAGCGUGGCGGUUGGUUUCAUCUUUUCCAUUUUAUGCGCAACUAUUUGAGACUAUUUCAACGUUCUAAACCCCAACGGCUUAGCUUUCGACCCUGAACAAGCAUCAUGAACAGGGUUGCCGUGCACCACCUCGUCUUUUGAUUUUGGAGCUGUGGCUUUCUUUCUUCUUGUACAAGUGGAUAUCAAAAAGCAACAACAACUCCCCAUUAUCUGGGUACAAAAGCCUCCUCCCUGUACCAUCAAUCUAUAAAGACUGGUUUCGGGAAGAAAAAGAUCAUUUCCUUCAUACCUGACAGCGUCGAUCACCAUACCUUGCCCGUGCCCACUAGCCAAUUCGACGUUCAUAUUGAACAGUUAUCCCGCCCUACACGACCCGCCGUCAAAAUGAAGACCUCCAUCGCCCUCAUCACCCUCCUCAGCUUCUUCACCGCCGGAGCUGUUGCUUUGCCUACUGGCCAACAAGCCACCGAGGGUCCCGCAAAACCCAACGUCAAUGCCGUCCAGGUCAACUACGGCACCCCGAGGUGCCCCGAUCCGCGGCUCGAUGCGCUGUGCAUGGCUAACAAUGCCGAUGCGUACUGCGAUGCGCAGGGGUUCCAUAAUAAUUUUAUGAAGACUUGCAAGGCUUGCUACUGUGAGCAGUGAUGCAAUGCAAGGGCUGUCUAGCCGAUAGUAGAGAAGGAUUGGAUUAGCGAGCUGUGACGGAGGAUUGGAUUUGAGAAAGGGAAAAAUGGAAGCUGAGGGAAGAAAUUAUAUGGAAAAUAUGAUUGGAAAUAGGGAAAUAUACUUGAGUUUGAGAGAGGUUGAGGAAGAGUCGGCAGGUUGUUUCGACAUUAAUAAGGAUAAGCGAACUUCGGAAUGUUUUUGGGGACUAGAUGGAACAUUGUUCUACCAGGUAUUUCCUACAUUGGAAGCAGAUUUUCGGAUCAAAAAACCAGUUAAAGAUCAGUGAAUUGAACUAUUCCGCUG